AUGGUUCGCUUCAUAACGGGUAUCUCUCUACUAAUUUUCGUGAUCACAGUCUCCGGUGAUGAUGUUAUGGAUCCCAUGGAAGUAGCUCUCGCUGCUACUGAAGAUGCCACCACAUCGAUUCAGGAACCGGCAAAUAAUGGAGACAGUGGCGGGUCUCAACGCUCUAUUGUUACUCUUGUCGAGUUACCCGAACCUAACAGAGUUGGCGCUAUUUCAGACAGCAUCAGCAAUGUCACAGUUGAAGAAAACAUCGAUAUCUCGAAUUCUGAAGCAUCCCCGGGCGACAAUGAAAACCCGGAUGAUGAAGAUACCUCGGCGUCUACUGCUCCAUCAGGCUCGGAACCUUCUUCGGAUUCGUCGCAAGUGACACCUGCCAUCGUUCUGGCAUCACUGACUGCUCUAGCCAUUACAGGGCUUUUUGUCUGA